AACAAUAGUGGAGGUACUUGAUGCUCCUAGCUACACCGACUUCACAGUCGAGUGUCAGUUGCUUAGCACAGAUCCCUCUUCACCGAGCUAGAUUACCCCACUCAUAAAUUAUCUUCAAAGUGGCGAGCUACCUGAAGAUCUGUCCGCUGCGAAAUUGAUUAAACGUAGGCCGGCACAUUUCACUUUGUUAGAUAACCAGCUCUACAAACGAGCAGCCUCAAUGCCCCUACUACGCUGCCUUACUCCUUACGAAGCUGAAUACGCUGUGAGGGAAGUUCACGAAGGAGUAUGUGGCACGCACAUCGAUGGCAAAACUUUAGCUCGGAAACUCCUGAGGUAUGGUUAUUACUGGCCCCCUAUGGUCGAGGACGCGCAGAACUAUGUCAAAAAAUGUCCGACCUGCCAGUUCAAUGUUGAUGAUAUGCACAUGCCAGGGGAAAUGCUAUCAUCUCUCACGUUCGGCAUACCUAAGCGGAUUAUCGCCGACAAUGGGCCACAGUUUCGAGCAGCAGCAUUGAGAUCGUUUUGUAACGACUAUGGCAUUGAGCUCGCCUUGACAUCCGUGUAUACUCCACAGUCUAACGGACAAGCCGAGUCCGCCAAUAAAAUCGUCUUGCGAGGCCUCAAGACACGUGUUUUAGCUGCACAUUCUAAUUGGGUUGACGAGCUCAAUAAAGUGCUCUGGUCUUGUCGUACUACACCCAGCUCUGCCAUGGGCGAAACCCCUUUCAGCCUGGCCUAUGGAGCUGAGGCCGUCAUCCCAGUAGAGGUUGGAUUUCCAUCUGAUCAAGCAGGCUAGCAUAACAAUCUCAACAAUGAGCAAUUGUUGAGAGAAAACCUAGACUUCGUGGAAGAGGUCAGGGAGAUGUCUAGAAUAAGAAACAUGGCGCAUCAAAGUCGUGUUGCAAAAUUUUACAAUAAAAGAGUUCGAGCUCGCCAGUUUCGAGUCGGCGAUCUGGUUCUACGCAAAGCUGGAUUGAUGAAUGCUUACUCGCCCAUGGGCAAGCUCGCGCCUAAUUGGGAAGGACCUUAUAUGGUUAUUUCUAUUCAACGACCUGGGUCUUACCGGUUAGCAGAUUUACAAGGUCAUCCAUUACCGUUCAUUUGGAACAUACAUAACCUUAGAAAGUUUUACAGUUAAGAGUUAGCUUUACAGUUAAUAUGUAUGUUAUUAGCGUUCAAGUUGUCAUGGAUCAGUUGUAAAUGGCAUUUCAUAGAGAAAUCAACACACAGAAAGUAC